CACUGAGAACCCUCCCAAUUCUUCUUCACACUCUAUUUUAAUUUACCCAUAAAUUCAUUCAUCAAAAACAAUUCCACGAAAUAUAUUCUCAUUUUCAUUUCAAAUUGCUUGGAAAGCUGGCGAAAAUGCCUGAAGAAGAUUCAAAAAAGGUGAAGAAAGAACAAGUCGAAGAAGAAGACGACGACGGCGAGAGCUUAGCCUCCGCAUUCGCUAAUCGCAGGAAAAAAUCUCUCAGCACCACCAAUGCCAGGAAAGAGCAGCAAAGCAAACUGAAAAAAGAGGAACACGAUGAAGAUUUCAAAGAGCUCGCCUCAAACAAACCUCCCCCUAAGGGGCAGAAGAAGAGGAAGAAGGAAGAGGAAGUGGCGAAGAAGGGAUCCAGAGGCGGUGAGAGUAAGAAGAGAGAGAAGAAAGUAUUCGAUUUGCCUGGUCAAAAGAGGGAUCCUCCUGAGGAAAGAGAGCCAUUGAGAAUUUUCUAUGAAACGCUGUACAAUCAGGUGCCAGCUAGUGAGAUGGCUGCAAUAUGGAUGAUGGAGUGUGGUUUGCUUCCAAAGGAGAAAGCAAAAAAUGUCUUUGACAGAAAACAGAAGAAGGCACAACAGCAGAAUCUCAGUUCACCAAUGAAAACUGUUGUCACUGUCAAGAAGAAAGCUGAAGGUGUUACUGUUACCAAUAAAUCAUCAACCGUCCCUGUUUCGGCCCAGAAGAAGACACCGGGUACAAAUCCGAAGAAGCAGUCGAGGAAAGGAAAGAGCAACGAUUCUGAUGAAGACUCGGAUGAUGAUUUUGUUAGUACUAAAAGGCCAAAGAAAGGAAGAGCAUAGAAUCUUAUGCUAAUUGGUAGCCUAUUGACUUCUUUUUUUUUUCUCUCUUGAUGUGAUGAAUCUUCAUUGAUUUUCAACAUGAUGACUUGGAGCUUCAUCUUUUAAGGAAAGAAAGGGCUUCGCUUGUUUA